AUGCUCUGUAAGAAAGAACUCCGUGUCCUGUAUCUGUGUCCUGCCCCGCCCCUGGUCAGCCCCUCCCUCCUGUCCCCGACUGAGACUGUCCCAGAGACUUCACCAAAAAACGUCAAACCUGCAGACAGCUCCGCCCCCUCCUCCUCCUCUGACCCCCCCUCGGCCCCCCCCGGCCUGGGCGCCUCCCUGGCUCCCGCCCCGUUCCCCUUCCCUCCUCCUGGGAUGCCUCCUCCGGGCCUCCCCCCCUUCCUGCCCCCUCACCUGGGGCGCCCCCCCAUGAUGCCUGGGCCCAUGUUCCCCCCCCUGCCCUUCCCCCCCCGCGGCCCCCCCUUCCCCCACAUGGACAUGGGACCCUUCAGACCGGGCUUCGGACCCCCACCCUUCAGACCCCGGUGGUAG